CCCAGCUGCUGACGUCAGCUGGCAGCCUGGGCUGUGCUCGCCGCUCCGGACAUAGCGCCGAGAAAAAUGCUGCUCUCCGUACCGCCAAGGGCAGGAAUCAACCCAUACAACGGCUAUAACAGCAGAAACAGCAAAAAGCAGGCCUAUGUGUCCUCCGGCCACCAAAUGGCGCCCCCCAGUCCCAACACCAACAGUAGCAGCAACAGCAGUGGGGGAGGGGAACAGCUGAGUAAAACUAACCUGUAUAUCCGCGGCCUCCAUCCGGGGACUACAGACCAAGACCUGGUCAAGCUCUGCCAACCGUAUGGCAAGAUUGUGUCGACCAAGGCAAUCUUGGAUAAAACCACCAACAAAUGUAAAGGAUAUGGCUUUGUUGACUUUGACAGUCCAGCAGCUGCACAGAAAGCUGUUACAGCUCUGAAGUCCAGUGGGGUCCAGGCUCAGAUGGCCAAACAACAAGAGCAGGACCCCACCAACCUCUACAUCUCCAACCUGCCAGUGUCCAUGGAUGAGCAAGAGCUGGAGAGCAUGCUCAAGUCCUUUGGCCAGGUCAUUUCCACACGUAUUCUCCGAGAUGCUAACGGGACCAGCCGCGGUGUGGGAUUUGCCAGAAUGGAGUCCACGGAGAAGUGCGAGGCCAUAAUUCAGCAUUUCAACGGCAAAUUCAUCAAGACUCCCCCAGGAGUGCCUGUGCCCACAGAGCCCUUAUUAUGUAAGUUUGCAGACGGGGGUCAGAAGAAGAGGCAGAACCAGGGGAAGUACCUCCACAAUGGAAGACCCUGGGCUAGAGACGGAGAUGCGGGAGGAAUGACGCUUGCGUAUGACCCCACAGCCCUACAAAAUGGCUUCUACUCCUCACCCUACAGUCUGGCUCCAAACCGAAUGAUCGCCCAGACCUCCCUCUCACCCUACAUGCAUUCGCCUGUCUCAUCCUACCAGGUGCACAGCCCGUCCUGGAUGCACCAUCAGUCAUACCUCAUGCAGCCAGCUGGUACAGUUCUUACCCCAACAAUGGAUCACGCCAUGUCCAUCCAGCCCACGUCCAUGAUGGGACCUCUCGCUCAGCAGCUAAGCCACCUGUCCAUGGGCAGCACGGGCACAUAUAUUCCGGCCAACACGUCUAUGCAGGGGACCUACAUCCCCCAGUACACCACAGUGCCUCCCUCCAGUGGCCCAGUAGAGGAGAAUGGGGGUCAACAGCAACAGGUUGCCUUGGAGACACCUGCAGAACACACAAACUACUCGUACCAACACACCAAGUGAAGCUAAGCUCCCAGCAGGGUGGGGCCGAGAGCACCAGAUGAAUCCACCAGGCGGGAUUCAGCUGAAAGAUUACGGUGCUCCAGACCAUCUUUAAGCAACCGGACUUGAAAAUGGAUAACAAAAGGAAUGUGUGUGUGUGUGUCUGUGUGUGUGUGUGUGUGUGUGUGUGUGUGUGUGUGUGUGUGUGUGUGUGUGUGUGUGUGUGUGUGUGUGUGUGUGUGUGUGUGUGUGUGUGUGUGUGUGUGUGUGUGUGUGUGUGUGUGUGGUUUUUUUUUUUAAGGAAAAGGACAACACUUACAUCAUUGGACUUUCCUGCUCACAUCCUCAAGAGUCGAUCAACCAAAGGUGGGAAUCUUCACCACAGAAGCUUUGAUCUAUUUUGAUAACUGAAAAAAAGGAACGUAACAAGAAGUUUAAGAAAAAAAAAGGGGAGGAAUAGACACAGAGCAUUAUUUUUGUGCACGUAAUAUAAGAAAUUCUUAUUUUUUAAAAAAGCAUUCUGGAUGUUUCAGGGUGAUUCAAGAAAGAGUUGAAACACAAUGUGUCUUUUUUUUUGUAAAAUAUGCAAACUUUUAUUUUUAUUUCCUGAUGUCUGUUGUUUGAUGUUCUAUUUGAAGCAGCGGGGUGGGGGGGUGGGGGGACACACUUUGUAUAGAUUUAGAAACGUACAAAACACUUUUGCUGGUCUGAUGUGUCGAGUUGUAACCGUGGGGAGGCAUACCGUUUAAAGCUACUUCUCUCUGUAACUGCUGCAGAGAUUUCUAUUCACGCACAGAUGAAAAUUACUAUGAUUAUAGUUUAUUCAGAUUAUUAUUUUACAUUGUUCCUUAAGUGAAUAAAAGACAAUCAAUCAUUUAUAUUUAUAUUUUGAUUAAGGUUCUAUUUUUCAGAGUUUUUAGAUCUGUGAAACAUACAUUAAUAGAAAAAUACAUUGUUUAAUACUGUAGUCUAUAAAGAUGUGAUGCAACUGAGUUUACCCCUCUCAUCUAACUCCAAUAUUUGGCCAAUUUUAGUAGUUUUGAUGCUUAUAUGACUUUCAAUUUAGUCCUGUAUGCACCAUCAAAAUGACAGCUGUUAGUUUUAUUAGUUUUCCUGCCUUGUUAUAAUGUAACUCCAUGUUACUUGCGUGUCCAUGAGAAGUGGUUUUAAGCGGUUUUGCUGUGGCAAACCUUCAGGUAUCAUUAAAUUCCUCCUCUGUUAUGGAGGUAAGUGAAAAUGCUUUAGUUCUAAGCAGUUAGAUUACUGAACGAUUAUUUGUACAAAGAGCAAUGCAGUUAAUAAAUUAAGAUAUAGAUAUGAUAAAGCAAUGAGGGAAAUCAAAUAGAGGACUAACAAGAUCCCUGAGAAUAAUUAGUUUGAAAGGAAAGGGAGCUGUAAGUCUUUUUUUUCAAUGCUGCUGUUGUCACCUGAGUUUGAUUCUCUGUCAGUGAUUUUUUUUUAGUUUGUAGAAAAUUCAAUGUUUCUGUUUUCUUUUGUCUGUCACUUGAAAACCUUUUUGAGCUAAUUUGCCUUAUUAUUGAUGAAUUUAUCUUCGAUGUAGUUUAGAUUUUAGUUGUAGAUUUUUAGCUUUUUACAGAGUAGAUUUGUUUCUCUGCGUAGGGAUUGAUGUUGUUUUCUUGUGCACAUUAAGUUUUCACUUGUUUUUGUUUUCACACAAAUUUCCGUUCCACACCUUGUGUCGUCUGUCCUCAUACUGUGUCAGGUCUGUCUAUUAAAAGGCUUCCAGAGUGGAGAGUUAUACCAAACAAUGACUUCAUUAGGGCUGAUCCAAAAGAUUCAUACAAUGCUGCAUAAGUGUUGCGGCUUAGAGAGGCUUCGCAACCACAAGCCCUGGGUAUGUUUCAGUCAGUGAGUGGAGCACAUUUCACCACAUACAGUGCAUCCAAAUAUGUUCAACUUUAAUUUAUGCAGACAUCUAAAACUGUAGAUAUGUAGAUAAUAGAAAUAAUGGUUUUACAAAGGACUGCUCACUAGACCAUGGAAGUGCCAUUAAUUACAGCCUUUAGUGAGACAGCAAGUCUGAAUGAGUGAUCCAAAAUUCUGCAAAAACAAUUUUUAGCUAAGCCUUAAUGUUUUCUCUGAACAAAUUGCCUAAUCUCUCAUAGGAUGAACACUAAGUUGUAUAUACUGCAGACAUGGAAACAGGCAUGUUUGAAAUGCCGUGUUGUGAGUUGGUUGUCACAUCGGUCGUGUGAACAGUAGGGUUAAGAGGAGCUCGUCUUCCCACUCUUCCACCAUCCAUAAAUGCUGUGUGCAAACGUCUUUAUCCACAUCGCAGUUUGAUGAUUCUGUUUCUGACUCUUGACAUUUUAAAAACUUUUUGCUGUGUGUUUGUAUUGUUAAUUUCCGCAACCAAAGAUGUUGUUGCCACCCGUCUUUUAGCUCUCUGUCAGAGAUAAACCGCUCCCAUUGCUAGACAAAAUUCCCCUUAUCUGCCUCCGACAGAUUCACACAGAGAAAGAUCACAAUAACAGUGGUGACGUUCACACAAUAUUCCACAUCAUUUCCACAGUUUGAGGUUUUGUGAGAACUUUCUUUGAACUGAACUGUGUACUUUAAAAUAAACAUGAAUAAUCUGGUUUUGUUGAUGUAAAAAUAAGCAGAGUUUCCCUCAGUAUAUGCAAUGGCGCAUUGAUGUGCCUGUAAACAGACUCAUUAUAAACUUUAUUGGCCUCUGCAGACACCCAGCAGGAAGCCAAGACUUUUACGAUGGUGAGAGUUUUCAGACACGAGAGCUAAUAUUGUAAAUAGUCUUUUUUCCCCUUUCACCUCCUCUGCACACAUUUUCUUUUUUUCUCUCCUUGUGUGAUUUAAAACAAAUGAUUUAUAACCUGUCGAGAUAACACAGUGACUAGCAAAUUUUUCAGAUUCAGUGCUCAUGAAGGAAAAUGUCAUGGAUAUUGUUUAUAUGUUCAGAGAAAUAAUAUUCCAUAUAUUAGCCAUCACUUUAAAUACAAAAACAGGAUUUUGAAACUAUGAAAUGACCACUUGUUACAAAGCAGUGUUUAUUUAAGUAUAUUGUUUUAAAACUUCAGCAGUGAUAAUAUUACAGGAAGUUUCCAAAAAAUACAAAGUUAAGUUACAUUUAAAAUGUUGAGAUACUGAGAUCAAUGAUAUACAGUAGAAGAUUAUAGAAAACAAUCUCCUUGCACUUAAUACUUUAAGUCCACAACAAUUUGAAAAUGUUGUUUUUAUCCAUCCUAAUGUAGAUUUGAUGGCUUAUUUCAUAGCUUCAAAAUGUUUUGCUGCUAAAACAGGAUUUCCAAACAGGUCGUUAGAUGUUGCCCAGUCUGGAUUUUCAAAAUGUCACUCUUUAAUUUCAGUAAGCUUUUUUUGUUUCAUUUUGAACUUGAUGAAUCUAAAUUAAAUUAUUUUGUUUAGCAAAUAAGCAAUAGCUUUUUUUUUUUACAUUAUUAAAUCAUAUAGUUGUUGUCUUACGGUGACAUUUUUAAAAGAUUAAAUAAUAACAAUGCAUUGCUCCACACUGUAUGAACCAAAUGUGUGUGAAUCCAAGACAUUUUGAAAAUCCGAAGGGUUUAUUUUCCACUUGCUUGUGAACAGUUUUCUUAUUUAUACAAGAACUCAUUUUGUACAGUUUUGUUAAGAGGAAAGAGGUUUUGAUAUUUGGUUAUUUUGCAAAGCCACUUGGCUACUGUUGUCUUCCUGAGCCAGAGUUGCUAAUUUGGCUGUAACUUGUGUGUUUUUUUAUUGAUUGAGAUUAGAUUUUCCUUCUUCUUGGUUUUCUCUUUGAAUUUGAAUAUGUCAUUUUUUCGUUUUUUUAAUAAAAGCCUUGUUUCAA